AUGAUGUAUACAUUCACUUCAAUGGCUGCUUUUGGUAAGAAAUAUUCAGAACAAGAAGAGUUCAUAUCAAUUGUACAACAACUUAUAAAACUUGCUGGAGGGUUCUAUAUUGGCGACUUGUUUCCUCCAUCUAAAUGGAUUCAAAAUCUCUCUGGAAUGAGGCCUAAGAUUGAGAAGUUAAGCCAACAAGUAUACAAGAUAUUAGAACAUAUCAUCAAUGACCAUAAAGAAGCAAGAUCAAGAAGAGAUAAACAAGGUUUGGCUGAUGAAGAUGAAGAUCUGAUGCAUAGUCUUUUAAAAUUUCAUGACAAUGAGAGGGAUUCAGAUUUUCAUUUAACCUCUGAUAAUGUCAAGGCCAUAAUUUUGGAUAUGUUCACUGGUGGAAGUGACACAACGACAUCUCUCAUUAACUGGACAAUGGCUGAGAUGUUAAAGGAUACUAGAGUUUUGAAUAAAGCACAAGCUGAAGUUAGAGAAUGGAUUAAUAGGAGAGGUAAGAUUGAUGAUGCUACAUUUGAAGAAUUUAAUUAUUUAAAAGCCGUAAUCAAAGAGUCACUAAGAUUACAUCCUUCUGUUCCUCUUUGUGAUACGGUGGAAGAACUGACUGUUAAUAUACUGGUUUUGUGUUUGUGUUUGCAAAUGUGCGGUAAGCAAGAGUCGCCACCAGCUUUUCUUUUAUCCGACAAAGGAAAGGGUGAAAAGAACAGAAAAAUACCUUUUUCGAGAGUUUCUGAUUAA